AUGGCCAUAGCCCCUCUGCUUUUCCUGGCGGCCCUAGCAUUAGUCCAUCACCCUUUGUUGGUCAACGACAUCACAGAUCUGACCACCCUGAAUCGUCUUGAGGAGCAUGAGAGGCGGCUAACGACAGAGAUGGGGCGUCUCCAGGUGGAAAUGAACCAGAAGAACUGGAACUGGGAUCUCAAACAGAACCAGGAGCAGUGGGCGGCAGAGGACCUUGACACGGAAGAUGGCACCUGGGAUGGAUGGCCAUAUGUAGGGGUUGUCAUCCUCAUUCUGUUUGGAUGCUGCAGGCGCACCAUCGCGAAGGAGCCCAGUGACGAUUCCAGUAUGGAUGGCUCCAGCACCACCACCACCACCACCAAUGGAGAAGAAGACUUUGAAGACACUGAUCCGGAACCGGAAGAUUACGAAUCCAAGAAGAAAUGGUUGGAGGAUUUUUAUGAGCAACAUAUUGAGACUGGCGAUAUGUCCAGCUUGUGCGAUUUUGUGGAGAUGUUAGUGAAUGAUGUGCUGGAAGAGAGUCGGGAUCAAAAGCUACUUCUGCUGGAGAACUGCAUCGGGGUGGGCAGCGCCUUUGAAGGAUGGUCCACAGAGGUCUCGAAAACCUUCUGCGUCCUCGUGCCUAUAUUGCCACCCAAGGGCUACUCCUUCCACAUUGAAACCAGCGACUCCGAGGGGGCUCCAUGCAAGCAUGGCCACAUCCUGGUAGAGGCAGAGUGCCUGUGUAAGAGAGAGAGGCUGCUGGGGGACGUGGUGUGCUCCCUCCAUCACCCGGAACGAGAACUGAGCCAAGAAGAACAGAGCAAGUCCCUUAUGCAUGUUCUAUGCACCAAUUCCCAUCUGAAUGGGGAGAAAACCGCCCAGUGGUUCCAAGCUUUGGUAAGCAAGGCCUGGGACACUCUCGGCCUGAAGUACAACUUAAGUCUCAUUAUUCAGAAUUCCAACAAAAGGUGCCAGCUGAAAGUAGACCUUGAAUCCAGGGAGGAGAUCUUUAUCGAUAUCUUACUUGGAGUGCAGCAAGGAGACUCGCUGAUCUUCAUGACCAUCGGAGGGGACCCAAAGGACCAUCUCAAUGGCAUGGUUUGGCGUCAAACUUUUGCCAUUCAGGAGCUGCUCUUCUUCAAAUGGGUGAGCCAGCGAGCUCCCAAGGACAGCUGCCACCUGAAAUGUCUUCAGAUCUUGGUCUUUUUUAGAGAGUCUAUGAUCCUGGACAAGAAGAACCUGGUGCUCACAAACUACCAUUACAAGACUUGUUUGAUGCACCUCUUGCUUCUGGGACCUCUGUCCUCCUGGGAGCCAGGGCAAAUCACACAACGGCUUCAAGAUCUCCUCUUGAAGAUGAAUACCGCCCUGGAGGAAAAAUACCUUGAACACUUCCUCAUCGGGAACGUGGGUUUGCCCAUCCAAAUCCCUCUGCCCAAGAGCCUCCGAAGUGCUGCCCCCUUCAACCUUUUUGAGUACUUGGCCCAAAUCCCGAUCCUCCACAUGGAGGCGGUCAAUGAGUUUGUGCAGGUGGUAGAGCAGGUGAGGACUCUCUGGUUAGCCCCUGAAGAAUAG